AUGAUACGUGUCUUGAUGGUGUCUACUGGCGAUGUUACGAUUGCCGCAACCAGACCAGCUGCAAUCGAAGCAGCUGUGUGCGCUGCCAGACCUUCACCCGCCACAUAUCCAUGA